AUGGCCGAUCACCACCACCACCACCACCGCCCCCACCGCCUCUCCCUCCCUCAACGCCCCACCACCCCCACCACUUUCGCCUCCACCACUCCCACCACUUCCCGCCAAUACCCACUUUACCCUUUCACCCCCUCCUCCGCCACUCCCUCCAAACACCGCCUCUCCUCUCUCAACCCCAAACCCCUCUCCUCCUCCGCCGCAAGUAAAUCCUCUCUCUCCUUCCUCUUCCUCCUCCUCCUCUCCCUCCGAUCACUCUACUCCCUCCUCCCCUUCCUCCGCUCCUCCCCUUCUUUCUCUCUCUUCCCUUUCUCCUUCCUCGUCUCUCUCCUCUCCUUCCUCCUAACCCUAGCCUUCUCUCUCUUCACCUCCUCCUCCGCCGCCUCCAAGGACCCGUUUCACAACAAGCCCAGCAACAACCAGCCCAUCUUCUCACUCACUCAUAUCACUCAAUCCCAGCACAGACUCCUUGUCUUGAAAUCGAUUCUCCUCGCCGGAGUCUUCCUCCUCCGCUUCCAAGCUCUCCGCUACUGCGGCGCCGCCGCCAUGAUCCUCGCCGAGAUGUCUGGAAAUGUGGCGGCUCGGUUCUUGGCCGAGGGGAGUAAGCAGAGUAACGGCGGUGGUGAUCGGAAUCGGUCUUCUUCCAAGGUUCGUGGGUUUCUUGCUCUUGUUACUGGGCUGUUCUUGUUGUCUAUGAGCUGGGAUCGGAUUGAAUGCUUCCCGUUUUCGGCGCCGAAAUUGGGAGUGAAGAAUUGCGUGAGGUUUUGGCCAAUGCUGCUUCCGUUUUUGUGUGGAUUUUUGGGGUGUUACGAGAGGGUUUCGAUGAAUUGGGGGAGUAUUAGGCAGUUGGGGAGGAAGAGGGUUCGUGUGAUUUCGUUGUUUUUUACUACUGUUGUGUUGUUUAUUCCUGCUGUUGUUAGUGUUUUCGUGUAUGAAGCUGAGGGGGAUGGAGUUUCGAUUGGGAACUUGGGCUGGCCUCUGGCAAACACUGUUGUUUUCGGUGUGCUUUUGAGUGAGGGUUAUAGUGAUGAGAAGUCCGUGAGUUCGAAAGAUUUUCGGAGGGAGUAUUUGGUGACGUUUUUGUGUACUGUUGUAUUGGAGCUGUUCUAUUUUGCCGAGUUGUCACUCUGGGGACUGUUGCUUUGUGGUAUGUUGCUUUACAUUGCUGUUAGGGAGUUGGAUCCUUUUGAUACGAGUUAUCUUGAACUGGGAAUGGAGUCGUCCGAGUCAUUUAGUGCAUCUGUUAUGAAGCCUGUUAGGCAUAUUUUGAGUGAGAGGAAGUCUCGGAAGAUUGCACUUUUCCUUCUGAUCAAUACUGCGUACAUGUUUGUGGAGUUCAUUGCUGGGUUCUUGAGCAAUAGUCUGGGGCUGAUAUCAGAUGCCUGUCACAUGUUGUUUGAUUGUGCUGCUCUGGCAAUUGGGUUAUAUGCUUCGUAUAUUUCACGUUUGCCUGCAAAUAAUCAGUUUAAUUAUGGCUGUGGGAGAUUUGAGGUUCUUGCAGGAUAUACAAAUGCUGUUUUCCUGGUUUUGGUUGGCGCACUGAUAGUGUUGGAAUCACUCGAGAGGAUUUUGGACCCUCAAGAGAUGUCAACUAGCAGUUUACUAGUUGUUUCGAUUGGAGGGCUUCUUGUCAAUGUGGUCGGCUUGAUCUUCUUUCAUGAGGAGCAUCAUCAUGCCCAUGGUGGAUCUGGAUCAUGCUCGCACUCCCAAAAUCAUCAACAUUCGCAGAAGUCUGUUGCACAUAAUCAUGAAGAUCAUCUGCACGACCACCACAACCACAGCCACCAGCAUGACCACCACGAUCACAGCCACCAGCAUGACCACCACGACCACAGUCACCAGCAUGACCACCACGACCACAGCCACCAGCACAACCACCACGACCACAGCCACCAGCACGACCACCAUGACCACAGUCACCAGCAUGACCACCAUGCUCAAAACCACAAGAACGACCACCACGGCCAUGGCCACCAUGGCCAGAGUCACCAGCAUGGUGGUUCCGAGCUGAAUAUACUGCCAGAAAAAUCAAUCAAGCAUCAACAUCACCACAUUGACCACAAUAUGGAAGGAAUAUUUCUGCAUGUUUUGGCUGACACUUUGGGAAGUGUUGGAGUUGUUAUAUCAACGCUCUUAAUUAGGUACAAGGGAUGGCUUGUCGCUGAUCCUGCCUGCUCGAUAUUCAUUUCAGUCUUGAUUAUAUCUUCUGUUAUCCCAUUGCUCAGAAACUCUGCAGAAGUCUUGCUCCAAAGAAUUCCCAGGGCACACGAGCAGGAUUUGAGAAAAGCUCUUAAUGAUGUUAGGAAGAUAAGGGGGGUUUCUGGUAUUCAAAACUUGCAUGUGUGGAGUUUCACAAACUCAGAUGUAGUGGGUACGCUCCAUCUUCAUGUUUCUACGGAAAUUGACAAAGGUUCUGCAAAAGCUCAGGUAUCACACUUGUUACAUGAUGCUGGAAUCAAGGAUUUAACAGUGCAGUUGGAAUGUGUCGAGUGAUAGCACUAUAACUUCUGAUCUCUAUCCUCACCUGUUUAUUGUGUGUUCAAAGAGAUUACUUAAAAUUGGUUGAUAAACUACUUCAAGUAGCUGUUGGUAGUUACUUCUGGGUUCUGCAGUGCUUAUAGCAGUGUCCUUGAAUUUCUUGGGAUACAUCUUGAAGCUCCGAAGAGGGCUCAACAGAACGAGAUAGAUUUUGUCAAACAUACUUCUCAGGUUUUUGAUACAAAUAUUUUUCUCCUUGAUCAGCAAUGCAUAUUUCUUUCUGGUUGUAUGUAAUUUUGCUGACAUGUAAAGAAACAUGAAGAAACAUUGAAAGGGUGAUAAUCUUAUUGGAUAUGUAACUACUUGCAAUCAAUAUAC